UGAUACCGGAACUAGAGUGGCGCAGUGUCUGGUUUCACGGAGGGAGGUUUAGUUAGCCUUCCCCACCGCCGGGCUUCCGCUUCCUGUUUCGGACCGGUCCGCGGUAGCUAUGGAGGAACCGGAGAUGCAACUCAAGGGAAAGAAAGUCACAGACAAGUUCACUGAGAGUGUCUAUGUCCUGGCCAACGAGCCGUCCGUGGCCCUAUACCGGCUGCAGGAGCACGUGCGCCGUUCUCUGCCCGAGCUGGCUCAGCAUAAGGCCGACAUGCAGCGGUGGGAGGAGCAGAGCCAGGGAGCUGUUUACACAGUGGAGUAUGCCUGCAGCGCCGUGAAGAACCUCGUCGACAGCAGCAUCUACUUCCGCAGCGUGGAGGGUCUUCUCAAACAGGCCAUCAGCAUCCGGGACCACAUGAAUGCCACCGCCCAGGGCCACAGCCCUGAGGAACCACCCCCGCCCUCCUCAGCCUGAUCCCAGAAGAGACGUGGAGGUGCUUUGGCCCCUCUGACUCAGCCUCAAGGAUACUGCCCUUCUGACACCCCGUGUCAUCUGCCGUCCCUCCGCUGCUGCAGCCCCUCGGAAUAAAAUGUUCUGUGGCUCCUGA